AUGUCUUCUAUUUUGACUUCCACUUUACGUACUGCCGUCAAGCCACAAAACAGAUUGAGAAACGCCGUUGGUGUUAUUUCUUCUGUUAGAACUAAGGUCACCUUACCAGAUUUGGACUGGGAUUACGGUGCUUUGGAACCUCACAUUUCCGGUAAGAUCAACGAAUUGCACCACAAGAAGCACCACCAAACUUAUGUCAAUGGGUUCAAUGACGCUAGUGAAAAGUUGUUGGUCGCCGAAUCUAACAACGAUGCCAAGGCCGCCGUUACUUUACAACAAAACUUGAAAUUCCACGGUGGUGGGUUUGUCAACCACAACUUGUUCUGGAAGAACUUGUCUCCAGUGUCUGUCCACGGUGGUGCUCCUCCAACUGGUCAAUUGGCCACCCAAAUCGAAUCUCAAUUCGGUUCUUUGGAUGGUUUGGUUAAGUUGACCAACUCCAAGUUGGCUGGGAUCCAAGGUUCCGGUUGGGCCUUUAUUGUUUUCAACAAGGAAAACAACGCCAUCGAAGUUGUCCAACGUUACAACCAAGAUACCGUUACUGGUCCAUUGAUUCCUUUGGUGGCCAUCGAUGCUUGGGAACACGCUUACUACUUGCAAUACCAAAACGUCAAGGCCGACUACUUCAAGGCCAUCUGGAACGUCAUCAACUGGAAGGAAGCGGAAUCCCGUUAUGCUUCUGCCAUUGGUGCUUGA